AAUCAAUUGGAUAUGCAAUAUAAACAUUAAACAUUGUGACAUUAAAAAUGCAGCAUUCCGUCAUAUCUGGUGUCGACUGUGAGGCGCGAUGAACCGAUGAAUUCGGAACCAGUGAUCCUCUCCUCUCCAGUUCCGGCAGCAAUAGCGAAUCAAUGCAGUUGAACCAGCGCUUCCCGACUCCCAUUCAAGUUCCAGUUCCAGCAUCCCAGCCACGGGAAUAAUAAAUGUUGUUUAUUUGACUUGUUGAGUGCAUGUGCUUGUUCGGUUUUAGUGGCUUUAGGGCCUCCUCGAUCGAAGCCCGGAUUAAAGACGCAAUGCAUUUAUGGAUCUGCCAGCUCGUUAGCGCGUAAUGUCCCCAGCCAGUGCUAAUUCAAUUCUGGCCCACGCGAACACACACAUCCGCAUGCCUGUGUGUAUGUGAGCGACAAGUGAUGCGAGAUCGCCGAGAGUGAAAAUUAUAAACUGCGCAAACGCAAACGCGUUUCCUGGACAAACCGAUCCAAACGAAGAUUGAGCUGGUGCCAGCCCUCGCCCUGCACCCCGUAAUCAGCCACAAUGUCGUUGUCGUUGCUGACAUCCUCGCUGCUGCUCGUUUCGCUGCUGACGUCGCGGCUCGGAGCAAUUCCGGUUUUGCCGCCCGCCUAUCCCGCACAUCCCUCGCCAGGCGUGCGAAUUCUUCGCGCGCCCGAAUCACUGGUGGCGCCCCUGGGAGACGAGGUGGUGCUGGAGUGCGAGACCAGUUUGCAGCCCGAGCGCUUCGAGUGGAGCUAUCGACGCUGGAAUGCCACCACAGGCCGUGGAUCUCCAGGAGCCGGGUUCAAGCACCUGCGCACGGGCACGGCCAAGGCGAAUGUGACGCAGGAAGCGGCCAUCUCCCGCCUAAGGGUUCUCGUCCGGUCAGACACACUCGGGGAGUACAGGUGUAUUGGCUGGUUUGGUCCCCUGGUGGUAACCUCCACCACAGCCCGCCUUGAGCUGGCCAGCACUCGGCUGGUGGGCCCAGAAUCUUCUCUGCAAUGGCGUGUGCCUGCUGGGAACUCGGUGUUCUGGUCCUGCGGCCAACAGGUGCAGUCGAAUCCCGCGGCGAGUUGGACCUACUAUCAGAAUGGUGUGGAAAUUAAGGCGGAGUAUGUGGCCAGCAAUGGCAAUUUGCAUUUGAGCAAUGUCUCCUCAGAGUCAGCCGGUACGUACAGCUGCCAGGCCACGAAUCCGGCUUCAGGGGCCAGGACGGAGUUGUCCAGCUCUCUGGAAUUACAGAUCGUAUCAUUUGAGAGGUCUCAGAACAAAUCACCACACAUUCCCAACGGACAGCCGGCCGGAUUCCAAACUGUUACAGCCCGGGAGGGAGGCACUGUGCUACUGCUCUGCCCUGGCAUAGGUUCACCGACGCCUACAGCCGUGUGGAGCAGCCCCGAUGUCGCUGGAGCCGUUAACAAUAAGCGCACGACAGUAUUGACUCACGCCUUGGAGAUAGCCAAUGUCCAGGUUCGGGAUGCAGGCACAUAUAUCUGCUUCCUGGACAACGGCGUACGACCAGCUCUGAAGCACUCCAUCCGGCUGCAUGUGGAGCAGCCACCACACAUUAUACGUUCCCCUUGGGCGAAUCUCACCAACGAGGGCGAACGCAUACAGCUGGAGUGUGAGGCGGCCGGAGUGCCUGCUCCAGAGAUCUACUGGCUGUUGAACGGGGAGAGCAGCAUCUAUGAUACGGAGGCUGAGCUGACUAGCAAUGGUUCCCUGGUGCUGCACAGCGUCCUUAAGAGGCAUGCAGGCUAUGUCCAGUGCUUUGCCCGGAACCCUCUAGGCGAGCAUAGUGCCGGAGCGCUGCUGCAGGUGAAUCCCAAGCAGAUCCAGAGUGAGCCCCGCGAAUCGGGAGGAGGAUCUCCUCACCGUUCCCAUCCGAAGCCCAAUCAUAGCCGGAAGCAACAGCAGCAGCAGCAGAUGAUCCCGCCUUCGCCACCGAAUGUGACACGUCUUUCUGAUGAAUCCGUAAUGCUCCGUUGGCUAGUGCCCCGCAAUGAUGGGCUGCCCAUCGUCAUAUUCAAGGUGCAGUAUCGCAUGGUUGGCGAAGCCAAGCGGAAAAACUGGCAGACAACGAACGACAAUAUACCGUACGGAAAGCCCAAAUGGAAUUCAGAGCUGGGCAAAAGCUUCACGGCAUCGGUGACGGACUUGAAGCCCCAGCACACUUACCGUUUCCGCAUCCUGGCCGUUUACUCCAACAACGACAACAAGGAGAGCGUCACUUCGGCCAAGUUCUACCUGCAGCCGGGAGCAGCACUCGAUCCCAUGCCCGUGCCUGAGCUCCUGGAGAUCGAAGAGUAUUCAGAGACAGCUGUGGUGCUGCACUGGCGUUUGGCCAGCAAUGCUGAUGAGAGUCUGAUCACAGGAUACUAUGCCUACUAUCGCCCAUCCUCGUCGGCGGGUGAAUAUUUCAAGGCUACAAUCGAGGGAGCGCAGGCCAGGAGCUUUAAGAUCACCCCCCUGGAGACGGCUACCAUAUACGAGUUCAAGCUGCAGUCCUUCAGUGCCGUCUCCGCCUCCGAGUUUAGUGCUCUGAAGCAAGGGAGGACGCAGCGUCCCAAGACCAGUACCACGGAGGAACCCGUAUUGCAUAAGGGAGACCGGGAUCGGGAUACGACCACGCCCAGUCACAAUGAGACAUUUAGCAUGAGUCCCAUGCUCACGGGCACUAUUGGCGGUGGAGCAGUGCUGAUUUUGCUACUGGUUAGCACUUGCUUGUGCGUGUGUCGCCGGCGAAGCUCUCGCGUCCGUGGCGGCAGCAGUCAGAACAAGCCACGGAUGGCGAACUUAAGGGAGGAUUUCGUGGCCCUGGGCAGCAGCUGCUCCCCCGGCAAGCAGCGACAGCGAACGCGACACAUUCACAUCACCCUUAACCCCCUGGCCCAGCAGCAGCAGCAGCAGACGCUGGAGGAGAAGAACGAAACCGACCAAGACAUGGCGUACUUCCAGUGCCAGUCAAGCUACGACUAUGAUCCCGGCCUGCGGCGGAUGUCCUCGUCCUCGUUACGCCGUUCUCAACGCACGCUGGAACGUGCCGGCGGAAGCAACGGAUCCAACAGCGGCAACAACAAUCAUCUUAAUCAAUCGGCGGAGGUGGGACCGGUGGACUUGCCCACUAGCAAGGCAGGCCGUGUGCUCAUGAAGCGACCCCGGCUCUCUAGUCGCUCCGAGAACCUCUCCUCCGGCAGUCUCAACAGUGUUGGCGUGUAAGCGCAAUCUCGUGAUCUUUAGUCUGUACAUCCCUACGCCCGAUGUAUUAUGCUAUUCCUACCUCUACCUCUGUGUUUUAUCUACUUACCACUUCAAAUGACGAAAGUACUUAUACGACAUCAGAUAGACUUAAGGUACUCGAUAGAUAUUAUUAGUUUUACUCCGUGUAUGGAUCGAUUAGGAUUCUAGCAUUACGUCCAUUCUUAGCUAAGUCUUCCAUUUUCGCAUUAAGAACAACAAAUCUGUACUGAUAGCUUCCUAAUGACUUUACAUAAAAAUGAUAAUAAAGCUUUUAGCU